AUGGCGACGCUACGGGACGUCAUCGCGCGGGAGAAAUUUCCAACUUUGUCAAACACCGAGGCCAUUCAUCGUUUCGCAUCUUCAUUCCCAACAGAGCUCUCUCAUCUCCGAAAUGCUAGUGCUACAGUUGAAUCUGGAGCCAGCACGCCUCCGGGCUGCUUGGAGGGGAAAACACCGUCGGCGCUGAUCUACGGCGCAGAUUUCGCAGAGGUCAACCGCACCCUGAUCAGCAUGCUGGCACUCAAGUGGACUCUGGCAGACGACUACGAGUCUUUCACACGUGGUCAAUCAGAAGGGAAAUUAACACCGGAGACGUUCAAGCGCAUGCGGGAGAUGAUUAUCCGGAAUUUGCACAAUCCAGCAGACAUCUACGCGUUACUGGUAGCGAUCCUCAUCGACGAUAUCGGCAAAGACUCUGCCCUAGCCACGACCGAUGAGGCUGAAGCUGAAGCAAACCAUUCCGAGCUAGUCUAUCAUGCUGCGCGAGGAGAUCGCAUCCCGGCGCUGGCUGGUGUCCCCAGCCGCGGCAGGGCAGCGAUCAUGCAGAGCCUGCAGAUCGGAAGCAAGCUGAAUCUCUCGCAGUUGGUGCAGGGUGAGUGUGUGCCGGCGAGUCUUUCUGUGCUACGGUCGAUAGGUGAGAAUGAAGGCGGCUACAAGAUGCGAGCGAUAGUGACACUGCUCGAUGUCGCUGGCGCAGGUGCCCAUCGCGAUGCGAGGGGCUGCGCAAUGAUGACCGAGUCGGUCUGCCGGGCUUAUCUGCGCACUAUUGAAGUCGUUGGAGAGUUUAUUCGAGGAAAUAUUCCGACUGAGCGCGCAUGCUACGACCGGAUUCUGAUGGAUCGGGGGGAACUUCUACACGAGAAGGGAUUUGCUUUGCUAUCUGUUGAGAAUGCCGAGGAACGAACGCUACUCCGGCUGCUCUGCAUGGGCCGAGGCGAUAGUCUAGAGUCGGCUGAGAUGUUCCAGACGGCUUUUCAGAUCUUACCAGGACCUACCAGACGCCGCCUGGUCGAUGGGCUCAGUGUAGCUGGCAUUGGCGACGGGGUGGCGAUUGUUCCCUACUAUGCGCCUGGUCUGCUGGCCGAGGUUAUGCGCAGUGUCCACCACAAAGAGCGCAGUUGUAUCGUUGCUGCGUUGUCUGCAUUUCUGCGGUUUCUGGCGCGUGUGUUUGACGGUCCACGGCCUGGUGCAGAUGGAAUUCAAGAACGCGAUCUGUCAUUUGUCCAGGAUGUGAUCAAAAGCGACAGAUUCGGUGACGGCCCGUCUAUCCUGGAUACUGUCAAGCUGCCUUGGAUGGACUCGAGUGAUACUAUUGAUCCACGCUUAUGA